UCCUCAUUUCUUCUCGGGGUCAGUUAAGGGAGUUUGUUGGUUGCUAUUUACAAAAUAACGCCUCACACGAUGUGAUUUGCCCCUGGGGUGAACUUCGCUGAAGACUUGGUGGGAUGAAGGGGGGUUACUGCAGAAACAGGAAGACCUUCGGAUUGAGUUCUAGGCACACCUGUCACUAGACCUCUGGCCAAGCUCUGCCUCUGAUUUCCUUUGUGUGUGCUGCCAACGGGGGAUGAUGAGAAGAGGUGGGAUUGGAAGUGGAUGGGGACGCACAGACAGGACUCUGGAGAAAUGGGGGGGGUGAAAGGUCGCGGGAGUGACACCACAGUGGGGGCUGGGAAAGACCCUGAAACCUGCUGUUUGUGGAGCAGCCGAGGGGGGAGAGGAUUCGUUGGGAAUGAGGCUGGAGAAGCAGAUGGAGGAGAGAGAGGAGGUGCUUGUGUUCGGGUGCUCCUGUGGUCAGGCCACCUUGACCGCAGAGUGGGGGCCUGUAUUCGGUGAUGUUUGAUUGGUUGCAAUCCAUUCCAUUUGAAAAGCCUUCGAUGUGGGGGCAAGAUCAUCAGGGGUCGGAGGGGAGCUUCCCAGUCUCCCCCUCUUUAGACACAUUAGGACCAGCCAAACGCUGGGCUUCUCUGAGAAGCCGUUUGGGGAAUAUGUCUGUUUUCCAGUGUCCAAAACCAAAAUGCCCAUUUUCUUUUUGUUAGUUCCCAGGCCAACAAGCUUAAGCUGGGUCCCUGACACGCUGAGCAAUUAAUCAUGAGAAGACAGAAGACAGCACGAAAUGAAGAAAAUCCCCAUGGUUCUGAGGACCUCCAGGCGGCCCUGCAGGAGCCCAGGCUGCGGCUCCUCCUGGCCGGGAGGACGGGGGCGGGGAAGAGCUCCACGGGAAACAGCAUCCUGGGCCGGAAGCACUUUGACUCCAGGCUCAGGGCCACGUCGGUGACCCGAAGCUGUGCCGUGGCGAGCGGCAGGUGGGCGGAGUGGGACGUGGAUGUCCUUGACACCCCGGACCUUUUCAGCUCCGAAGUCGCCCGGACAGACCCCGACUGCAAGGAGAGAGGCCGCUGCUACCUGCUCGCAGCCCCCGGGCCCCACGCCCUGCUCCUGGUGACCCAGCUGGGCCGCUUCACGGCCCAGGACCAGCAGGCCUGGAGGGGGGUGAAGGCGCUGUUCGGGGACGGGGUCUCGGCGCACACGAUCGUGGUCUUCACCCGCAAGGAGGACCUGGCGGAGGGCUCCCUGCAGGACUACGUGCGCGACAGCGAGAACCAGGCGCUCAGGCAGCUGGUGGCCGAGUGCGGGGGCCGCGUCUGCGCCUUUAACAACCGCGCCACGGGUCCCGAGCAGGAGGCGCAGGUGACGGAGCUGCUGAGGCUGGUGGAGGAUCUGGUGAGGGACCGCGGCGGCGCCCCCUACACCAACGACGUGUACCACCUGGCGCAGGCCCUGGGCGGCGUGAGCCCGGAGGAGAGGCUCCGCAAGGUGGCCGAGCAAGUGGCAGGCCGCCAGCUGAAGCAGCGGUGGGGCUGGCUGCUGGCCAGUCGGUGGAAGUGGCCAGAGGCGCUAGGGACAUGGUGGAGCCUGAGCCUGGCGGGGCUGCUGAGCGGGUUGAUCCUGCUGUACGGUUCACACUGGCUUUGGGGAGGUCGGUCCUGACCGACAGGCUGUAAAUAAGACUUUGACUCAUCAAGUGACACCAGAUUCAUCCCUGGUGCUCUGCAGUUUCAGCGCCCACAUCCUUUCCUCUCUUCCCUCACCUGCCUCUUCUACCAACUUCAGAUUCCUGCCAGGUCCCAUGUCCCUCCUGAAACAUUCCCAUGUGACCUGGAGGUCCCCAAGCACUCCCCUUCCUGAAGCCAAACAACCUCUGUGCCUUUGCCUGCUUUCCCCUGACCUCGGACUGCCUUGACUCUCUCAUUGCAUCCUCCUGGCGCCUGAGAACAGAAGAGGAGCAUUUGCUCCCCCGCCCCCCACCACUUCAGGCAGGAUGGAGGGCAGAACCGUCCCAGAGCAGAGCCCUGCGUCCAUACUGGCUUGUUUGAGUUGAACUGGAUUGAAUAAAUGAAUGUACAGGAAAUCAG